AUGGGGGAUUACAAAUCGAGGCACACGCCUGCAACCCCCGAGGAAAUAGCUAGUGAUUUUUUAGCAGAUUUUCUCCCCUCCAAUGCCCCGCACCCAUAUUACUUUGGCCCGGUUGUUAUUGCCCUGCUCGCUGUCCGUGGGAAAUUGUCACGGGAAUUCUUUGGCCUUUCUGGGUUUAGCGCUACUGGGCUGCUGCCCAAGCUGGCUGACUAA